CAGGGUCUGCUGCUUCGACUCGUGUCAAGCGCGGAUUUACUUUUUUGUUUUCAUAUGUCAGACGUCCACUUUCCCGCCCUCUUCUCCCGUGUCCUACACGCUCCCUUUACCACCAUUCUUGAUUGUAGCCGCAGGCGCAGUAACGAGUAAAUUUGUUUUCAUUUCUUUCUUCACACUUCGCCAGAGUCACAAUGAAUCGCGGUGCUUACCGCCCACCGCCGACUUCCCGAGCAUCGGCGUCGACGCUGUGCCAGAAAUGUCUAAAACGAGGACACUACAGCUAUGAAUGCAAAGCGGCUCCGCAAGAACGACCCUACAUUGCGCGACCGUCGCGGACGCAGCAGCUGCUCAAUCCAAAGUUGGCGCCUAAACUUACCAACGAGGCCCCGGACGACCUUAUGCAGAAGAAGGGUGUAGCCGAUGCGCAGCUUGCCAAGUCAGCCGCUGAACGCGGCCGCAAGCGUUCCAUGUCCAUUGAAGGGGACCGACCAAGGAAGCGCUCGCGGUCUGCAUCGUCGUGUUCUUCUUCAUCCGUUUCCACUAUAUCGACAUCGAGAUCGCGGUCAGCUUCCCGCAAUCGCAGGCCAUCAUCCGCUGAGCGGAUGGUAGCUUCUCAGCAUGAUGGCGACGAUCGCGCAGAGUCAAGCUUUGAACGGAAGCGGAGGCGCCGGCCAAGCGCAGCAUCGCAUGAAGGUCACGGAUACAGAAACACGAGAAGAAGGCGAAGCGAAAGAUCACCCGGCGAAAGAGGCCGAAGAACAAGCAGGAUGGAAGACGACAUGGAGAGACGGUCGCGAACGGGCACACGCAGCGGAAGCAGACAGAACGGAAGAAAAGCGUCGAGAUCCAGGAACAGGACGAGACAGAGUGGACGCACGUACUCACGGUCUCCAAGUCCUUAUCGACGGCAGCCACGAGAUACGGCCCCAAGAGAGAGAAGUUUGAGUCCAUACAGCAAGCGCAUGGCCAUGACCCGGGCGUUGAAUUCGGACGUUUGAAAGGGGAUGUUCAAACGCUCAAUGAUGAUGAUGAUGAUGAUGGUGGAGGAGAUGAGCGAGGUCGUCUCCUGAUUGAGAUGUAUUUGUUAUGCAAAAGACGAGAGAGCCUGCUCUUAACAGCUCAAGAGCGUUUGAACUCUCUUCUGCUUCUGGAAUGAAACGGUGAUCGUAAGAACAUGUGCUUGCGUUUGCCAGCGUCUUCCGAAGCCGGUCUUCUCUUAUGGCAGCACGCUUUGUUUCGCUACUCAGAUCAC